AUGAACAUGUAUCUGUGGAUAUUUAAUCUCGUCUGUUCAGCUGUGUAUGGCAUAAGCCGUAUUUCAGAGCCAAAUUUGAAAGCGGUUAACUUUGCCAAAAAGUUAGAAGGAAAAAAGCUGAACGGAAGCCUGAUAAAAGAAAUAGAAGUUUAUUCGGAAAGUUCUUGUCGGUUUGAGUGUGUGAAUGAAGAGCGAUGUCAAUCCUACAACUUUGGAACCUUAGAGGGCGACUCAGGGAGAUUCAAAUGUCAGCUAAGCGACUCGGAUCGAUUUGCUGGAUUUUCUAACUUUACCGAGGACGAACAUUUUAUUUACAGAGGAAUAAAGGUAAGCUUAAUCUCUUUUAGUGUAUCAAGAACUACUUGCGGCUCCAUGUUUGAAUCUUAUCUCUAAAAUCGAAGCUGGAUCUCUUUUAAUGUUUUCUAACUGGUAUACACCAACCUUACUCUACCUAACAUAUGUCACCAAAGUUUUCUAAGAAUCUUGCGGUAACCUGGUGAAAUUUGCCGAUGUUUACGUCAGGGAAAGAAGCUUGCAUUGGUAGGGCCGUGAUAACCAAAAAAAAUGAGACCUUGACAAAAAGUACUAAAACUAUUUUAAGGAAAUAAUUUUUGCAACGAAGAGCCAGUAAUCGAGUUUUUACAAUAGGGGAAAUAAACCUGGCUUUAUAUUUGACAUAAAUAUUGCUGAUCAAGAUUCCAGUGUUUUCCCAUCCGUACAUCAAUCGAUUUAUGGAAGUUUCGUCCCGUCACAAGUUCUCCCCCUUAAAGCAAACAAGUUCACCCCAAAUCUUUCAGCGCUUAGUUUUAAAGCAAGCCAAGCUUUCUAAUUCAUAAAAUAUUCUGCCGUCGUCACAGGCGGCCCAAGCUCCAGCUGUGAGAUAAUCAUCUUGCGCAAUAACAGUCAUGGCGGAAUUAUAAGAGUUGGUAUGGGCAUAUUUACGACCGCCCUCAGGAAUUAAAAAAAAUACGUCAAAUUCUCAAAAAAAAAACCGCACCUUACUUCCACAGUGUAUCAUUUGUAAUCUGACCGCUUACUUUGAUGAAAAGAGCCCAUUUUAGCGAGUUGUUCCUUUCGAGGUUUUCAACGUACAUAAGAAAAGCCCAAGGCUGAACAUUCCAUUUCCGAACGCCUGAUCCGAGAAGCGAAAAAUCCAAGCUCAAAAUUACCGGGCGACCACAAAUUCAACGCAGAAUCCAAGCAAAUAUACUGUAGUUUCAUUUAAAUUCACUAAAAACUCAAUCUUCCCCGCGCAACCGACACUAAGCCGACAGCUAGCCCCAGUUAACUACUCGACAUGAAUAGAGCAAUUGCUAACAAUUCGUGUGGCUAAACUUUGCUAGCGGCAAAACUGAUAUUCUGAUCUCGAUUUCAUGACCAAAGUUUGUCUAGCCGCCAUGUUUGUUAUGCAUGUUGACACUUUUUAAACUCGCGCUAUGUUCGCACCCAGAUUUCGCGCGGUCAAAAAACCCCAUGGAGCCCUCUUAAACGAAAAAGUCUUCUAUCAUCCUUUUGAUAUCUCUUUGUAUAAUGAUUUUCUUUCUUUAAUUUUUAGAGCACCUGCGAGGAAGACGAUCCUUGCAAGGAGAGUGAAACUUGUGCUGUUGACUACAAAUCAAACACUCAUUUUUGUAAGUGUAUUAGAGGUAAGUGGAGAUCUGUUCGGGGAAAGACAAAAAAUACUCUAGGAGAGGGAUAUACUUAAAAUGCCAAGACAGAUAAAACGGGUAGAUUAGCACCAGCUGAGGCAAGGGUACGAAAGGUCAAGGAUGUAACGUCCAUGACAAAAAUAUCUAAAAAGAGAGAGAGAGAGAGAGAGAGAGAGAGAGAGAGAGAGAGAGAGAGAGAGAGAGAGAGAGAGAGAGAGAGAGAGAGAGAGAUAGAAUAAAUAUUUUUUGUUAUCGUCAAAGCGUUUUACUUUUUUUCGUUAUUUCUAGAUUGCCCGGCCAAGAACUGUCUAGAUUAUUAUCAAAAUGGUUCCAAAAUCGACGGUGUGUACUGGGUUUACCCUGAUGAAGAACACCCCUUUCAAGUGCUGUGUGACAUGACAACUGAUGGCGGAGGAUGGACCACCUUUCAAAGGCGCAUGAAUGGCUCCGUAGACUUUUAUGUCGACUGGGAAUCAUACAAAAAGGGCUUUGGAAAUCUGGAAGGCGAGUUUUGGCUCGGAAACGAUUAUCUUCACCGUCUGACUGCGUCUGCUAACAUGGUGUUUCGAAUUGAUAUGGAGGAUUACGAAGGCGACCGACGAUUUGCCGAGUACACUACUUUCGCUGUGGCCGAUGAAAGCGAUGAUUAUCGGGUGACAAUCGAUGGAUACCGAGGCACCGCUGGCGAUGCAUUGGUUUCCCUUGAUAGGCCCAUCAGGUUUGUUGCAUUGCAGCUUUUUGUACUUUGCUCUAGGAAUGACCAGUAAUAUAAGGGUAAUUUCUGAAAAGCUCCUGCCCAAGAAUUUGGAAAUACGUUGAGGACUGCUGGAAGUCGAGGAUCCCAAUUCUUAGGCUGAUCAGCUUUUUUCUUCUAAUGACAAAUCUAAGCUAAAGUAUUGCAUCAUCGCCGAUCAGAUUUUUCAACUUCCCGUUUAUUGCUAACUAGGAUUGCUUCUUUCAUAAAGAUGACAUCAAUUUCAUGUUGACGCUAUUAACCUAAAAAACAUGUGUACUUGCUUACAAUUCCUUUUUCUCAAACUUUCCUGAAAGGGAAUCUUUUUAUGUGCACUGCUGACAAUUAGUGCUUCUUACGUAUUUCCAACCAUGCAGUGCCAUCUGCUUUUUACUGACUAUGAUAUGCUGCUAGAAGCAUUGCUUUCUCGCUUUUUCUCAGUUUCUCACGAAAUGCUUUUGAUAUCUUAGAAAUAUGAGGUUUACAACCAAAGACAAAGAUAACGACGUUAAAAUCAGCGGAAACUGUGCGUUAGACUAUAAAGGUGGCUGGUGGUACAACUACUGCCAUAACGCCAAUCCAAAUGGUUUGUACAAAGGCGGAGGUGACGCACAAGGUAUUACAUGGCAGUCAUUUCGAGGACAAGGAUAUUCUUUAAAGCACACCGAGAUCAAAAUUCGACCAGCGUGA